AAUGUAUGAAAUAAAAAGGGUUCAUCGAUCGGGGACUACCGUGCUGUAGUAAUCUUGGAAAAUAAGUUUGUCAAACAGCUCGUAAACAAAACGUAAACAAACAAACUCGUUUUGCGCGAUUCUAUCGUCUUGUAGUGCGUCCUGCAUUCAGUUCGAAUUUACUACAAUGGAAAACAUUCUGGAACCCAGCAGCUCCGACGAUAAUAUGCCGCCGGAUAACAAGAAAGAUCUUCAGUCGCUGCUUUCAUCGGAGGAUGAUUUAUUCGAGCCACCCUCUACCAGCAGGCAGGAUUCUUCGGGCAACGAAGGUCCGUCGAAUCGUGCCCUCAAAACGGAAUUCGAGGAUAUUAUAAUGCCUGAAAUGGGGCAUGAUAACACCGUGGUCGUCAAAGAACAAAAGGAACGAGACCGCGAGAAGCGUAAGGAAAGCAAGAGCAAACGCGAACUUGAAGAAGAAGAACGUGAAAAAAUGCAGGUCCUUGUAUCAAACUUUACCGAAGAACAGCUUGACCGGUACGAGAUGUACCGUCGAGCUGCAUUUCCCAAGGCUGCCGUUAAAAGACUGAUGCAAACAAUUACCGGCUGCUCCGUGUCGCAGAAUGUAGUCAUCGCGAUGUCUGGUAUAGCGAAGGUGUUUGUAGGAGAAGUAGUUGAAGAGGCACUGGAUAUGAUGGAACGAUCUGGGGAAACUGGUGCAAUCCAGCCUAAGUAUUUGAGGGAAGCAGUUCGUCAGCUGCGAAACAAGGGCCAAAUUCCUAAUGGUCGAGGACACAAACAGUUUUUCAAACUGAACUAGUAGUAUAGGAUUCUAAUCAACCCAACUUAUAUGUAUGUAGGAAUGUUAGUCUGGUUUGGUUCAAUGUAUGACCAUGAUAUCUCUUAAUUUUGUCAUGAAAAGUAAGUCAGAUGAAUUUUCAAAAGAAAAAUAAAAAGUGGAGGACAAUGUGCA